UCGUCAACUUCGCUUUGCUGUGUUGUGCCGCAGCUUAUCGAUUGUAGUGAGUGAGUGCUGGGUCUGUGUUGCAGAGACUGAGUUUCCCGGUCAGCAGGGAAGGGCUUUUCGAGGUUGAAAGUAGCAGAGCUAACGAAACCAGUCUUCUGACUGGAUUUUUUUUUUAUUUUGUAUUUUAACACUGGGUGAUCCGUAUUGGAAACAUGGCUGAUAUCAGCAUUGAUCAGAAAAAACUCCCGGGAGUGAAAGAAGUAUGUCGAGACUUUGCAGUCCUAGAAGAUCACACACUCGCCCACAACCUACAGGAGCAAGAAAUUGAGACUCAUCUAGCAUCCAAUAUUCAGAAGAAUCGUCUGGUUCAGCAUGAUCUAAAGGUGGCAAAGAAGCUGCAGGAGGAAGAGGAUAUGAAGGCUCGAGUUCGCCACCAGCAGCGCCAUAAGGCAAUGGAGAGGAGUGAUAAAGAGAUUGCACAUGAGAUCCAAGAGCAGUUGGUUAAACAGGCUGAACAGAUCAGAAAACAGGAAGAGACUGAUGAGGUUAUUGCUCGAAAACUACAAGAGCAGGAGUUGAAGGAGGAGAGGAGGAGGAAGAAAGUGCCCCAUGAGGUCCCUCAUGAGGACAUGUAUUACAAGGAAAAUGGAGACCAUGGGCGUCCCAGAAAUCCAGAAUAUACACAUCAAGAAUACCAGAGCAGUCGGCAGCACAGACACCAUAAACGUGACAAAGAGUCUGACUCUAGAGAAUCACAGUCUUCUUUCUACAACAGCUCACAUGAGCAAAGAUGGACAUCUGUUCCAUCUUCCUCAUCUCAAAAGUCUGAUUAUGUCAGAGAUGACACACAUGGAGAACUGCAGAGUGAAAGAGUGGUGCGGAGAAAGGAGAGACCACAAAGACCUCCACCUCCUAAACAUGAUGGUGAAUACAGAAAGAGGGGGACUCAUGGAGACCCAUGUUCAACUGGGAACCAUCACUGGUCUGCAGAGGAGGACAAUAUAAGAGAGCUGAGGCAUGAUCAGCAGAAGCUGCCUGAGUGGCAGGAAGUGGUGGUUGAAAAUGAGUGCUUGCACCACACCAAAAAGGAAAAAAAAGUAGAAUCCUUGGAUCUAGUUGAGGAGAGACUAAAGGGAAAAUUGCACUCUCAAGACACAGGAAGGAAAUUCCAUGGGGAUUACAGUACACAAGAUAUGGUGGAAUGUGUGGCACGGCUUGACCUACGAGAACGAGGCCUGACUGACCUGGAAGUAGCACGUAGGAUGCAGGAAGAGGAACUCCAGGCUAGUGAAAUGGACAGGAGAGCUGCACAGGUUGCUCAAGAUGAGGAAAUUGCUAGGCUGUUAAUGGAAGAGGAAAAAAAAUCAUUCAAAAGAUCUAAAGAACGGGAAAGGGGCUCCAUGGAAAAAAGGAGGCAAGACCCACACUGGAAGCCAGGGCCCGAAGAUGUGGUACGGCCACGAACACACAACACACACGAAACACACCAAUCUCGUAAUGAUAGGCCAAUCAGACCACCUCAACCUGUGAACAGCUAUGAGAAUAUAAGCAGUGGUUACGACUACCCCAGAUCACCAUGCUCAUCACGGCCUAUCUCUCGUUCUGAAGCACCAUACAAAGGUUCCUAUUACAGAGAGUGACCAUUUGUUCCUUUUGCCUUCUUGCUACUUCCAAUUUAAGGAUGUUUUUCAGCUUAAAAAAACCUGAUGUUUCUCUCAGGAUCCACACUAGAAUAAAAAUGAAAAACACUUAGGAUUGCAACAUGCAUUCCCAGCCCAUUUUUGUCUGCAUUUGGGAACUGCCAUGAAAGAACAAAAUUGAACCAACUGACCAAGUGCUGACAGCUGGUUAUUCUGCCUAAAGUGGCAGGUCAACCUUCAGUUUCAUCACAAAAGCUGAAAAGAAAGCCAUCCUCUAACCAGUUACAAAAAGUUUCCAAGCUUUCCAUGAAGAACUCGACAAAAUUAUAUGUAGCUUUUUAUAUGUGUUUUUAUUGUUUGAAUUUUUAAAUUUUUCUUUAUUUUCGUUAAUAUAUGAUAUCCAGGUAGUGAGUUCAGCCAAAAAUGCUGGUCUUCCAUUCUUUGCAGUUGCAAAUUCUUGCACUUUUUCCUGUAGCUGCAUUGUAAUGAAAAAAAACUGGGCUGGCUUCCAGUUGUGCAUGGAGUGGUCAUUUUUUAGCAGUGCACGUGGCCAGAGAAGGUCAGCUGUGGCUAACUGGCUGGCUGAUCCUUUGUGACUGGAUCUUGCAGCAUUCCAUACCAUUAGACCAUUUGCUGGCCUUGAGGCAGCUUUUCUCACUUAAUGGUUAACUUUAGUUAAUUUUAAGCAUUUUUGACAAACUUUGGACUUAGACACAGUUAUGUUAACAGUUCUGACUGUCUUGAAGGAAGUAUUAGCUAAGGCCAUUAAUGUGAUGUCCUGAUGUUUUAAUGAGUCUGCCUGUCUGGCUUCAUAUCAAUGUUUUGCUUUAUUACUAUUCCUAUAAUGAAAUAAGGAAAAUGUAUUUUAGUUCUAGCAACAGUUUUACAAGUGUACUUAUUGAUGUUCCCAUUUUAUACUUGAAAAACCAGAAUUCUGUAAGAGCAUGUUAUGAAACCCAUGAUAUUCUGCUUGUCUUUGUAUUAUUUUGCUCUCUUUUGAAUCUGUGUAACUCUGGCAGUCCUUUGACACACCUUAAUGAGUACAUCAACUCUGUCUCUCACAAGACUACUGUAUCUGAUAUGUUAGAUAUGGUUAGAAUAUGUGCUUCAGGGUAUUUGUAUUCCUGCAUGGCUUCAUCCUUCUGAAUUCAUAUUGCUUGCCCAUUAAACUAAAGAUCAGCCGUCAAUAUGCAAGUGGAUAAGGACUGCCUGUCCCUCUCCUUCCACUUUACUAGCUUCUCGGUUAAAUGAAUGAGGGCAUCUUUUCUUGAAUGCUCUGUGGGCCAGGCUAUGCAUUUCAGUGGCCUCUGACUGACAUUGUAGCUCAAACUUGGUUGCUUCUCACAGGCAUAAGAGCUUUAUGCCUGUGUACAUAUUGUGCCAGCAAACCAAGUUCCAUACUCUUAUUGUGCGUGAAACUGUACAGUAGCUUAGUGUUACUGAGUUACCACAAAACAGGUUAAGCUAAAAAGCAGUGACAGUAGGGUGUACAUGGUGAAAACAAUAUGGGUUUAAGUAGCAGAAAAUAAUUUACUGUAUAAAGUAGCACUGUCUUCAAUGCUCACUGUGUCUCUAUGUAUUGAAUUUACAGAACAAGCAGUGAAAGCACAAGUCUGAGCCAUAGAAUCGUGAGCAAAAGCUUGCUAUUGUUUUUUUGUCUUUGCCUUUUGUUGUUAAUCUUUUUAGGUUUUGACUGUAAUGAGUUGUUUGUACUUCAUUUUAUUGAACUAAAGACCAUGGGCACACCAUUCUUUAAAAUAUGACUAUUGAGAUGGCUGCUUUCUGUAGUGUAUAUUUCUGCCAUUAUGAUUCUUCUUGUAUUUUUUUUAUUUUAAACUUGCACUAGACUGUUGUCUCUUUACUUUUUAGCCUCUUUCCAAAGCUCUUUACAAAGCAUUUUUAACAUUGUUCUGUAUAAAACCUAAAUAUUGUUUUUGAAUUUAUUUUUGGCAAUAAACUAUUAGACUCGCAUUAGAAGAAAUUUAACUAUAAAAGAGACUAUACUGAAAUGUUAUGCAUAGUAAAACAUUUUCAUUGCCUUUUUGUCUCUUAAAUAAAUAGAUUCAGCAUAUUCUUUAAGCUAAGCCCUCUCUUCAGUGCUGCUCUCCAUGUACACUCUUAUACAAGAGCAAGAAGUUUUACAAUGCUUUCUUGUCCACCUAACAAUUUAUUUAAAGACAGGAAGCUUCUGUCAACUGUACAAAAAUUUUCUACACUAAUGUUACAGGAUACUUGAUCAAUAAAUAGAAAAUAAUUAAAAAAAAAAAUCGCACACCUGUGCAGCAAGGCAUUUAUCCAAUACCCUUAAAGGAUGCUGGAGCAGCUACACAUCCAUUAUCAUGAGCAACUAUUGAAACCCCAGACUGGCUUUAUCUUAUUUACAAAAAGUGCAUGGAAAAUGAUUUAAUUGGACUUUAUUAUGUUUUUUUUGUUUGUUUUUUUUUUUGCUUUUUGCAUAGUCAUUCUCCCCCAAAAAAAAAGAUCUAAUGCAUUGACCAUUUUGUUAAUAUUUCCAUUUAGUCUUUUGAUUGCUGGACUAAAUACUGAGCCUAAACUGCACUCUGCUGUUGACCUUGCAACAUAUAUUUUAUAGAGAUUAUUUUCUACAAUGUUAUUGCUGCUUUUUUAUUACAGUAAUGGAACUAAAUAAUUAUUUAUCCUUAUAUAGUUGGACAUAAAUGUAGUAAAUGUUAGCAGAUACUGGAGAUCUAGAUAACAAAUAUAAAAUGUGUACCUUCUCAAUUUACAGCAGUCAAUCAGAAGGUUUGUUGAGUCAGUGAAUGAAAUGCAGAAAUAUCCCAGGUUUUCUUUAUUUACAGUUAAAAGAGAUAAUUUCAACUGAAGUCUUUCCGAGUUAGUUCAGUAAAGAAAUAGGAGUAUUUUUUUUUUAUUUUAACACCCAUUAUUUAGCUUUUCAAAUAGUUUUGCUAUUGAUGUUGUCAAAGAAGAGACAAGUGAGCCACAAAAAGAGUUGGGAGAGCCACCCGUAUAUUGUUUCCUGGCUGCAGUGUUGAGUACAGUUGAGUACAGAAUUGAGUCCAGAACAGAACUGUCUUGAUGAGGCAAAGAUGGCAGUUUUAAAAGAGGACAGGAAGUGGUGUCAUCAGGGCCGGAACAGGAAGUGUGACGUCCUCAGAUCCACGUAGAAUUUCCCAGAAUCGGUCUGCAGUGGAAAGACAGAAAGCGUCAGUAUACUCUGCCACCCCCUGGUUUGGUGUGGAAUUCCCCUCAUUCAGGCCCUUUAACUGCCUCCCUUGCACACAUGUGACAAUGUUUAAUUCCAGUGUUCAUUUGGGAUUAGCAUUAACCUUUAAACCAGUAUCUUGACUUCUUGUGAUUUCUGGAAGCAAGAUUGAUGUGUAAUGUUAUUCCAUGUAAUGAUUCAGUUUUAUUUUACAUAGCACCUUUCAAAAAUCUUUGUCUUGUAAAGCAAGUAAGCUAGGUAACAAGGUGAAUUACAAAUUUAUUUUAUUAUGAUAAGGCUCAUUACAAAGCAGUGUACUAAGACUACAGAUACGUAUCUUGUUAUCACAUUAGUAAAUAAAAUAGUAAACAAGAGUUGCAUAUGAGCCAAAAGGCCAUUAGAAUUGAUUAACAGCCUAUUUGGACCCGUGUCAAACAUUACACACACGAUCUCAUUUUUAACCUGCCGUCAUCUGGUGACACGCCAGGAGACUGACGGCCACACACUAGUGAUUUUGCUUAUUUUCUUGUCCCCUCGUCUUGUGUGCCUUGAGCAGGAACUGUUUCUUCCAGGUUUUGGCUGGCCUGACUAGUUAUUAGAUAUCUUCCUACUUUUCAGCAGCUCAUUUUUGCCAUGUUUACCCUUCAUGAAAAAAGUAUGAUAAACAUUUUCUACAAAAUGUAUAUUUUAAGUUAAGUCAUUGAGGUAUUUCAGACGCCUGCAUUUUUUUUUUUGUUAUAACAUUCAAUUUUCACAGAGUACUGUAUGGUUUAAUUACUUACAAAAUAUAUAAAGAUAUACUUUUUGAGGUGCAUCUGGUCAUCCUGAAUAGAAAAUAAAGAUAACCACCAAUUAUGUCAGUCAUGUUCCGCUUUAGGGUGGAACUAGAGAGGUGUUUCAUGAAGCGUUAGUGUAGAAAUCCUGAACAGCAAAAUUUUGAAUUUGUGCAUACAUCGUCUGCCACCUAAUUGUUAUGUAGCAGUAAAUAUAAAAGGUUUUUCUGGGAAUGCAACUAAUAUAUUUAAAAACUAUGUGCUGUCUGCCUUAUUCAAAGCAGCACAAUCUGCUAUGCAAGCAAUUAAGGGACGGUUCUGUUACGUUGUUCAGUUUGUUUGUUUUUUUUUUGUUUCCAAGGCUUGGUGUAGCUUUCUUUUGACCAAAGUCUUUCUAUGGGUGAGCUAAUAUUCAGGACUGGAGCCCAUAAGUUAUUUCUUUCUUUCUUUCUUUCUUUCUUUCUUUUACCUGUGGUGUAUGAGAGUAUGGAGCCAUUGCUGUGAAAAUGCCAUUGAUGCUCUCUACCAAGUUUGUAUUCACUUAGUUUGAGAUGGGACCAAGGAACACGGCUAGGUGCUCUGAGCUUCUCUUCAGGUCCUGAUCUUGUAUCCAGCAUUCACUUGCAGUGCAGAAGGCAGAAAACUUGUGAUCAGAGAUUCUUCCUCCACUGUCCUACUGUGCUAACCCUUUAAUGAGCAAAUUUUGCCAUUUAUAACAUAAAGCUUUCAAACUACAGUAUGUAACAGGAAAGUGGCAAAAGAUCUAUGUGCAGGGAGAUAAUUGGUUUAUUUUUUUAUAUUUUAUUUCAUAAUGUAAAAGUGUUUGUGAAAACAGAAGUACAUGGUGAACUCUUGUUUUGUUUACUUAGCAACAAAAAUAAAUUAUGCUGCUUUCAAAAAA